CACAACACACACCUCCUUUUUCAGUCCGUAGUACUAGACCAAACCAAAACUAAAAGUCCAAACUUUUUCUUUUUCCACUACGUAGCUUAAGCACGGAAAAUAAGGCACACAGACAGACACACACACAUUGAGAUUUGAGAUUUGAGAUACGCACACAGACAGUGAUUCGUUCCACUCCUGUAGAGAUUAUCAACAAUGGCCGCAAAACUUCCAGAAUCCCUGUUUGGGUCAGAGCCGACAUCAUCAAUGAACGUAAGAGCGAGUCCAAGCACAUCAGGAACCAACAACACUCAUGGUGGAGUUCACCCCUCAAGACAGUACUACUUGGAACAGUUGAUUGUUGCUCUCCGCAAUGAUCAUACCCGAGAGGAAGCUCUUCACCUCCUAUACAAGUCUUGCAGAGCUCAUGAAGAUUUAGCUCUAUUGUUAUGGCAUUCCUUUGAAACAAUAUACAUUCUCUUAAAGGAAAUAAUUGGAGUAUACCGCUUAAUAUCAACCCCAGAGCUUACAGAAAGUGUAUCAAUGCGCGCAUGCAAUGCUCUUGCUCUACUUAAGUGUGUAGCUACUCACCCAAAUACAAGGAUGCUGUUUAUCAAGGCUAGAAUACCACUAUAUAUAUACCCUCUUCUUAACAAUACGAACAAGGAAUCAUCUCAUGAACGUUUACGGCUUAUCAGCUUAGGUGUUAUUGGUGCCUUAGUGAAGGCUGGAGAUGCAGAAGUUAUUACUUUCCUUAUUGAAAAUCAAAUAAUCAAUCAUUGCAUACACUGCAUGGAGGUGGGCAGUGUAUUGUCAAAAACAGUUGCCACAUAUGUUGUUCAUAAAAUUCUAAUGCAAGAUGAGGGACUGAAGUAUUGCUGUACUUUUGCACACCGAUUUUAUGCACUAGGCCACGCUUUGGCAAAGAUGGUAGAGAAUCUUCCAGAGGAACCCUCAGAACAACAGCUACAGCUGCUAAAACAUAUUAUCAGUUGCUACCAAAGGCUCUCACAAAGUCCAAGGGCGUGUGAUGGUUUAAAAUUCUGCCUUCCCACAAGGUUAAGAGAUGCUACUGCCAUCAACCUCCUAUGUGUUGACCAAACAACCAUAACGUUGCUGGAACAAUUAGUUUACAAUGUCUCGAUCGGACACCAAUCUACAACAAAACCGUUUGGAAAGUCACUUAUGCACUUGCUUAAAGGCUAAACUGAGCACGACUCUGUCCACCAUGCUGUACCAGCACCAGUAGAAUUAACAUACUAUCUAUACAUAGUUCAGAUUAACUCUGUCCUUGUAUUAUUGAGUUAUCAAUGUAUAUUAUGUUACUACGUGUCUAAAACAUGUAGUAGCUCAUCAUAAAAUCAGCGUAUACCUUCACAUAUAACUUAAUAUAAGCUGUACUUGCUGUUUGAAUUA